CAGGUUGAUCGUAACACCAACAUCAUGACGUCUGCUGGGUAUCGUGUGGAUGAGGGCAUCAUUUGAUCACACUCGCAAGAUGAAGAGAUGUGAAGUCAAGUCGAGUCCAAUUCGUGGCACAUAUAAAGGACCGCUGUUGUCCAUCACAAUGUCGAUAUCCCUCAUCAAACAACCAUUCAUAUCUACAACUCGAAUCGCCAUCUCCUCCACAGCUUCUCGGAAACUGCCAGAGUCUUCUGCAACAUGUCUCUCAAGAUGAACCUCAUUCGCCUGGCCGUGUUCUUCGCGACCACGGCAGUCGCCGCGCCGACGGCGAGCGCAUCCGACGAACCGAUCUGCGAGGGAAACUACCUCGUUGAGAAAUGGGGCAAGGUCGUGGCCCAACCGACAUACAACUCCACCUACUUUGGCGAGUUCAGGGGCUGCCAGUCCAGCGGCCUCGCCAGACGCGCGGAUUACGACACCAAAGUCGAGGCGGGCGACGACUCCUGGAACGAUGGUUACAUCGUCGAUCAAAUCAAGCCUCCACACGACGAGCUCUGGGACCGCGUCCUCGAACUCUGCUACUCGACCUCCUGCGACGGCGAAAAGAGCAUCACCGUGGACAACCAGGAAAAAGCCAACCUGGUCAUGUCGAUGGACGGCAAUUUCGCCGACUCCGCGCUCCGCGACGACUUCCUCGCCCUGAUCAAGGAGGCCUUCUACCGCGCCUUGGAGGAGACCUCGAAUGAGGUUUUCAACCAGGCGAAACAUGUCAAGGGCCCGGGUUACUUGCACGCCACCAGUGGCUACGGCGAUGCCAGUGGUUUCUACCUGACCAUGCGCAUGCACACGGAGAGCCCGGAGCAGCCCGGAUGCCCCGCCUGGGUCAAUGCCAUCAAUGCCGCUGGGGCGCUGGUCCCUCAGCUAAGCGGUGUUUUCGGAGUCGCAGGCGCUAUUUGCGCCGCCCUCGACUAGCUGCCUUCCACGUGAGAGAUGGGAGCGGGACAGAUGGACUGGGAAACAUUCCUGUCCAUUGUGGUUCCCGUCUGUCCAGG